UUUAAUUUUGGUAGAAAUACAGUAAAACAAUAGGUUAAAUUGUUGUUGUCCUUUUCUUUUUCUCCUUAAGGGGGGUUCAAACCGCCGGCUUCACCAACCUUCCCAACUCAGUCCCACCACCAUCGACAAAUCAACUUACAAUAAAUCUUUGAAUUCGUCUCGACAUCUGUAGCCUCAUGGCUUUUGUUGCUGUGAUUUCUCUCAAGGACACAAUACGCCGCCUUCUAAAUUCUCCUCAUAUCUCAGUCGCCUCUUCAACUCGAGAAAUCCUUGAAUUUGCACAUGAGCGCGUCGAAUCGCUACAGGAAGCACUCAGAACAUACGACGACAUCAGAAACAGCAGCAGAGGAGUGAUGGCUUCCGAUGCACGAAUCAGAGAGGAAGCACGCAGUUUAGAAGAUGCCAUUGAAUCCGAUGCUUCAGCUCAGUUUCUCUCGCAAUCUCAAAUCCAUGGCGCACUCUCUCUCAACCUCCACCACUUAACCCAACACAUCCAUCGCUUUGCUGAAACCGCAAAUUAUUUGGAACACGAAUACAUCAUGGAAUUAAACAAGCCCUCUGAUAAAGAAGAAAAUGUUGCUGCUGCUGCUGGUGUUACGACCUUAACUGAUUCUGGUGGAAACGAGUGCGAGAUGGUUGGUUUAUCCGACCAGUUUCUCCAAAUCAGAAAACUGCUUAUUGAAGAUGUGAAUUAUCAGGAAUUCAACUCAACCUUCGAAAUCGAUGUGGCAAAUUUUGGUCAAAUAUUGUAUACAAUUGGAAUCGAUGGUAUGCCGGGUAUCGAAAACAAUGGAAGCCGGAUCAUGGUGACAGCCAGAAUAUCAGCAGAUUUUCACUGUAUUGACUUUCACAAGAUGCGAUUUAUGGAUCAAGAAGAAAGCUGGGAUCUUCUGCGGAAGACGGUUUUUGAUGAACAAGGGUGUCCGCCUCAGCUUGUGAAAGCUGGAAAGAAGAUUGCGGAGAAUUGUGAAGGUCUUCCUCUUCUAAUACUGACGGUUGCCAACCAACUAUCCCAGGUCCAGAAGAAUCUAGAAUACUGGAACCAGGUAGCCGAGAUGCGAAAUUCAGUUUUCGAGGAUGCGCUUGAUGAAUUAUACGAGGUACUAUUACCAACCUACCAUUGCAUCCCUCAAUAUAUGAAAAUGAACUUUCUCUACAUGGGAGCUUUUCCUCGAAAUUAUUUAAUCAAGGGUUCCAAGUUUGGAAAUUUAUGGUGGGCUGAGGGGUUUUAUGAUUUGCCCUCCUUCAAUGCAGUCCAUCUCUUAGCUUCGUGCAAUCUUGUUGUAGUUCGCCUCAUCAGCACAAUAACCGGCGAGGCUAAAGCUUGCACCCUCCAUUGUGCCUAUAGGCAUCUAACUAAGAAAGAAGCUGAGAGAAACAAGGUUUUCCAUAUCUUGAAUACUUGUGGAGAUUGUUCGAUUGAACUUGUUGAAACCCAUCGUUGUCUUGCCAUCCAUCAGAACGUGUUGUUCGCGGUUAAAGAUGUGCAUAACACAAUAGCAUCCGUUGCAGCUGUCCGUUCUGUGCUAUGCAUGGGGCUGUAUCAUCGAUAUCAAGUGCCAAUAUGCUCGGAUUGGGAGCUGCUGAGGGUGCUAAAUGCUCUGAGUAUCCGUUUCUAUGAAUUCCCUCUAAAUUUGGUGAAUCUGAUUCUGUUAAGAUACCUCGCCCUCACUUGUGAUGCGAAUCUCCCUUGCUCGGUGUCCAAUUUUUGGAACCUCCAAUACUUGAUCAUUCAUCAACAUCUCAGAAUCAAAUCCAUGGUAGACAGUUCAUGUCUGCCUAUGGAGAUAUGGGAUUUGAAAGAACUGAAGCAUCUUCAAAUCAUGGGAAGAAACCUACCCGAUCCUCCUAUUGGAGCGAUCUUGCCCAAGCUUGCAGAACUUUUAGAUGUUGGUGUCCAAAGUUGUAGUACAAAGGUUCUUCAAAGUGUGCCUAACUUGGAGAAACUACGAGUUCAAAUUGAGUCUGCUGCAGAGUACUUGAAUUGGUUUGAUCAUGUAUCCUGCCUCCAUCAACUAAGAUCUCUUCAAAGUGUUGUCGUGUAUCCCGAUCUCUUUCCUGAGCCUAUAGUCCUACCUCUUACUCUUUCAAUUCCCACAUUUAGUCUUCAAAAGUUGAGUUUGGAGGGAUUUGGAUUUUCUUGGAUGGAGAUGUUCAAGAUUGCUAAAUUGCCUAAUCUUGAAAAGUUGGUAUUGCGAUGCUACGCCUUUCAAGGGGAAAAGUGGGAUGCAAAUGGAAUAGUAUUCUCGCGAUUGUGGUAUCUUUGUGUUGAAGAUACAGAUGUUGUGCAGUGGAUGGCUGGAGAUGGAACGUUCCCUCGGCUUAGGCGGCUAACCAUGAAAAACUGCUAUAAUUUAGAAGAGAUCCCUCGAUUUGCAUCAAAUGAUGAGAAGGUUGAAGCAUCAUCUGUUAUAGUUAUUGAACUGGUUGGCUGCAACCCCUUGGUUGAGACUUGCGCGAAGCAAUGGUGUCCUUCUGUUAUUGCCAACUAUUCAUGGAAAUGAGGACAAACUCAGCUCAUCAUCAUUUCCAUUUUGGUUCAAAAGGCUUUCAAUUCUCUCUUUCUCUCUCGUCCAUUUUUAGGGAGCUCUGUAUAGAAAAAAUAUAGCAAUAUUGGUGGAGCUCCACAGAUUUUCAGCUUUCUCUUUCCACUCC